GGCUCACUUGGGGAGGAUAUGAUGGAAGAGGAAGAUGAUUACGUUGAGUAUGUUCCUGUGGCGAAGAGGCGCACGCUUGAGGCGCAUAAGAUUUUGCAGAGCAGGGGAACGUCUUCUGCAGUCGACGAAGAGAUGGAGAAACAUAAUCUCGUUGAGGCCAAACCAAGUCUACUGGUGAAAGCUUCUCAACUGAAGAAAGAUCAGCCGGAGAUCACCCAAACCGAGCAGAUGAUACUACAGGAGAAGGAGAUGAUCGAGCACCUUUCGGAUAAGAAAACUUUGAUGUCCGUUCGGGAGCUGGCUAAGGGCAUCACUUAUUCUGAUCCUUUACCCACUGGGUGGAAGCCGCCCUUGCCAAUAAGAAGAAUGUCGAACAAGGCUUGUGAUGCCAUAAGAAGGCAGUGGCUCAUCAUCAUUGAUGGAGAUGAUGUCCCGCCACCAAUCAAGAACUUUAAGGACAUGAGGUUUCCAUAGCCCAUUUUGAAGAGUUUAAAAGCUAAAGGGAUUGUGCAGCCAACACCCAUCCAAGUGCAGGGCCUCCCGGUUAUUUUGUCUGGGAGAGAUAUGAUUGGGAUUGCUUUCACGGGGUCUGGAAAGACCCUUGUUUUUGUGUUGCCACUCGUUAUGAUUGCAUUGCAGGAGGAGAUGAUGAUGCCAAUUAAUCCAGGGGAAGGACCUUUUGGAUUGGUUGUUUGUCGUUCUAGGGAGCUGGCUAGGCAAACUUUUGAAGUUGUAGAGCUAUUUCUUGAAUCUUUGAAAGAGGCUGGCUAUCCAGAGCUCCGGCCUUUGCUUUGCAUUGGAGGAAUUGAUAUGAAGUUGCAACUUGAUAUAGUGAAAAAAGGAGUUCACAUUGUGGUUGCUACUCCGGGGCGACUGAAGGAUAUGCUAGCAAAGAAGAAAAUGAAUGUAAACAACUGCAGAUAUCUGACAUUAGAUGAGGCGGAUCGUUUGGUGGAUCUAGGAUUCGAAGAUGAUAUUAGGGAAGUUUUUUAUCACUUCAAGGGCC